AUGAAUCCCUCUUUCUCCCGAGCCGCGGUGCGCUCGACGGCUACCCUGACACAUGCGACGAGAGCUACCAACCCCGCAGCCCGCAGUCUGUCGGCCGCUGCUCGCUUGCCGGCUGCUCGGGCUCUGAGCUGCAAUAGCCGCCUCGCCCUCCCCCGCCUCCAGUCUUUGAACCCCGUCAACAAGAGAGCGUUUGGCACAACUGUCAGGAUGUCUGCGGGUUCUCGUACGGAAAGUGAUGCCUUUGGCGAAAUUCAGGUCCCUUCGGACAAGUACUGGGGUGCGCAGACUCAGCGCUCCCUGGGCAACUUCGACAUCAACCAGCCCCAGGACCGCAUGCCGGCCCCGGUGGUCAAGGCGUUUGGUGUCCUCAAGGGUGCUGCCGCUACCGUGAACAUGAACUAUGGUCUUGACCCUAAGAUUGGUGAGGCUAUCAAGCAGGCCGCCGCCGAGGUCGCCGAGGGCAAGCUACUGGAUCACUUCCCUCUGGUUGUCUGGCAGACUGGCUCGGGCACCCAGUCCAACAUGAAUUCCAACGAGGUCAUCUCGAACCGCGCCAUUGAAAUCCUGGGUGGAACUAUGGGCAGCAAGAAGCCCGUCCACCCCAACGACCACGUGAACAUGUCCGCUUCUUCCAACGACUCCUUCCCGACUGUUAUGCACAUCGCCGCUGUCGUGGAGCUGGAGAACACUCUCUUGCCCUCGCUCACGAACCUGCGCAAUGCCCUCCAGGAGAAGGAGUUCUCGGGCUAUGUCGCUCAGCUGGACCGCAACAUUGAGCGUGUUCAGGCCUCUAUCCCCCACCUGCGCUUCCUGGCCCAGGGUGGUACCGCGGUCGGUACUGGUCUCAACACCUUCAAGGGCUUUGACGAGGCGGUCGCGGCUGAGAUCAGCAAGCUCACCGGCACUGAGUUCAAGACCGCCCCCAACAAGUUCGAGGUUCUGGCGGCCCACGACGCGAUCGUCGAGGCCUCCGGCUCGCUGAACACGCUGGCUUGCUCGCUGUUCAAGAUUGCGCAGGAUGUGCGCUACUUGGGCUCCGGUCCCCGCUGCGGUCUGGGCGAGCUGAUCCUGCCCGAGAACGAGCCCGGCUCUUCGAUCAUGCCCGGCAAGGUCAACCCGACCCAGUGCGAGUCGCUCACCAUGGUGUGCUCGCAGGUCAUGGGUAACCACGUGGCUGCCACGGUCAGCGGCAUGAACGGCCAGUUCGAGCUGAACGUGUUCAAGCCCGUCAUGAUCCGCAACCUGCUGCACAGUGUGCGCAUUCUCUCUGAUGGCAUGAACAGCUUCCGCUCCCACCUGGUCGAGGGUCUGGAGGCCAACGAGCCCCGCAUCAAUUCCCUGCUGCACGAGAGUCUGAUGCUUGUGACCUGCCUGAACCCCGUCAUUGGCUACGACAUGGCCUCCAAGGUGGCCAAGAAUGCCCACAAGAAGGGCACUACCCUGAAGGAGAGCGCCAUGGAGCUCAAGGCUCUCAGCGAGGAGGACUUCGACAAGUACGUCCGUCCCGAGCUGAUGCUGGCUCCCAAGGAGAAGAAAUAA